UAAGAGUCUUGAUAAGAGAGCCGGUAGGAGACUCCGUCUUGAGAAGGACAAGUACAUGGAGGUUACUCCGAGAUGGUGCGUCGAUAAGGGGGAGUGUUGGGAGCGGAUCAUGGACUAUUGGUGUUCCAAAGAGUACAGGGCGAAAAACAAAGAUUAUAGAAAUCGGCGAGCCGCAAUGCUGGAUCCACCACAUCAUCAAGGCAACUUGAACGUUAUGGAGUUCGGUGAACGUUGGGCGUCUCACCAUAAUGCUCCACUGCCCAACCUUUUCGUCUCGUAUGCUUUGGUCCAUAAGGCACCGUACAAAACAGCCACGCCUUACGAUGAGAAUGACACAGCGUCCGCAUACUCCAACAAGACCGCCUACGAUCGGAUGGAGAAAUUUAAAGGGAUGGCAAAAGAGUUGAAAGGGCCCGAGUAUGAUGUGACAACAGAGCCUCUUGACCACGCGUUGGUCAUGAUCUCUGGAGAAGGCAGGAAACAUGGCAAGGAAGCAAUUGCAGGAGGCAUGUUCCCUAGUUCCUCCCGUAGCUCUCUCCCUGAAUACAAAGCUCGGUUAGGUAUCUCAAAAUCUUCUACAUGUAAACGCUCGACUCCAGCUAUGGUUGAGAUGGAGGCCCGACUAGCGGAGUUGAGGCGAGUGGCGGCGGAGGAGAGGGCGGAGGAGAGGCGACUGGCUGAUGAGAGGACGCAGCAAGCGGUGCAGCAGGCGGUGCAGCAGGCAGUGCUGGCACAAACUAGUCAAUGCUUUGCAAUGUUUGCGGCUUAUUGUACCCAGAAUGGUAUGCCCGCUAUGACAAUGCCUCAUCAAUCAGGCCAUGGAUCUAAUACUGAUGGAUCUUCACAUGCACGAGGCCCAAGCGACAACAACCUUGGUGGUUCUCCGAAUGUAUGAGAUCGAGUAUGGUUGGUGGUUCUUUUGUCUGUUUGGCAUAUUGAUGAUUUCAAGCACGUUAUUUGUUCUUGUGCCAAAACGUGACAGUCACCAUUCAAUCUUGUAUGCUAUGGAACUUUGUCCUGGGACUAUAUGCUAUGGAACUUUGUUCAUUGUUGCUUAUAUUUGCUAUGGAACUAUAUGUUGUCCUGUUAUGGUU